AUGAGUGGAAAAAAAUGGACUUGCAAUAUUAAAUACGUUCAGACAAGAGAUUCAGGCGUUUAUGAGUGUCAGUUAUCUACACAUCCGCCUAUGGGAAUACUAACCAACACUCAUGGUCAUCAGCCGGUAUCACACAUCACUGGCGGGCCGGACAUGUACGCCCAAGAAGGCAUUGACGUGACGUUGUUAUGCUCGUCUGAGAACUACGCAUCCCGCCCACUUCUUGUUCUGUAUCACGAGUUCGAGAUGAUCAACUAUGAUUCGAAAUCGAAGUGCCUCGUGACCUGUUCGGUGACCCGAAAGAAAAAGGAGAACAAGAACUCCAGCAUCCAGAGAGUAACUGUACCGAUCGAGCUUCCGCAGAGGAAGGUUAACUGUUUUAAGUCGCGAGGUGAGAGUGAACUCCUGCCUAACAGGUGUAAGCAACAGGAAGUUCUGGUAAUUUACACCUGCGUCCCAGCUAAUGCCAGGCCUUCAUCAGUGGUCCUUCAUGUUAUUACAGGAUGGUUCUAUAGGAGGCAUAUCACCCUAGGAAUUAAUUACUAG